UGGACAGAUAAACAUCAUCUCGCAUCCGGCAGGCAGCCCCAAGCAAAAACAAUCGUUUGAGUUCAGUUGGUGCAGUUCAGUAAUCGGUGAUUUGGUCUAAAUACAAUAGUGAUUCAGUGUUAUCGAGGGCUAAGCCAAGCGUCGACGUCGUCACCGUUAUUUCCUUGCUGGCAUGUCGGUGUUGGAGAGAGAAGCGAUACAGAAGCAGAUCGAGCAGGACUGGGCUAAUAGGGAGUACAUCGAAAUCAUAAGUGGAAGUAUAAAGAAAAUCGCAGAUUUUCUUACAUCAUUUGACAUGUCAUGUCGUGCGCGGCUAGCUACCCUAAACGAGAAACUGACGUCGCUAGAACGUCGUAUAGAGUACCUGGAAGCAAGGGUUACCAAGGGAGAAACGUUAUCAUGAGGAAAAAGGCUUUUAUGUGCCUCUUGUGAAAAGCUGCCUAACCGGCAGCACUGCUUUUAAAGACGGCUGGCUGGAACUUUUGUAAAUUGCUGCGACACUUCUGCAAAAACUGAACAAGAUACGCUUCCAAGAAGCUCAAUGAACAGCCUUCAUCGCAAUUUUCUUAUGUCACUUUGGAUAACUUUCAAUAAAUAAGUAGUGUUUAUCACUACAUAUAUAGAU